CUACACCAAGCCGCCGUGGGGGAUCGGCGCAACGCUCCACGAAGACAGUGGGGAGACCAAGGGGCCCUUCGUGGGGAAGCACUUCGUUCCCUUGCCUCCGAAGGUCAAGCCCGUGGACCACUUCGACGUGAUAGCGAUGUACGACGCCGUGAAGGCACAGGAGGAGCGGGAGGA